AUGAAUUAACUCAUAUUUUCCCUUUUGAUUGUCACAAGUCUCUGUGGCUAGGAUCAAGGUACUUUUCUAUAAGAGAAAUAAGAUAACAAGAUAUUCACCAUCAAAUUAAAGGAGACUUAUAAAAUUGUAUUUUAUACAAUUGAAAUCAUAGGUGACAGCAAAAGAAAUCUAUGAUUUUCUUUCAACUAAACAAACAUAUUUUAGAUAAUAAACUCCAAUUAACAUUUAAGAAAUAGAAUUUGGCGGUUAUGUACCUAAGCCAUAACAAAAUGAGUAAAAAAAAGAAACAUCUUUGAAAUUACAUAAUUUUAAGAAUACUUAAUUUACUGGACCCAUUACAGUGGGUGAUUAAGAAUUCUAAGUGAUAUUUGAUACUGGUUCUGCAAACUUUUGGAUAGACUCUAUAAAAUGCAAGAAUGAAGGAUGUAAACAACACACUUAAUACAAACCAAGUUUCAGAGCAAAUCAUUUAGGAUAUGCUUUAAAUGUGCAAUUUGGUACUGGAGAUUUAAAUGGUGAAAUAAAUUCAGAUAUUGUUAAAUUGGGAGAAAUAGAAGUUGAGGAUUAAAACAUUGCUGAAAUAAUUGAAGAAAAUGGUUCUGUAUUUUAAAAUGUAUGAAAGUUAAAUAAUUGCAAAGUCAGGAUUCGAUGGUAUAGUAGGAUUAGCUUAUCCAAGCAUGGCAGCCUAUAAUUUUAAUCCAUUGUUUGACAAUAUAAUUAAAGAGAAGAAAUUGAAAUCGAACUAAUUUUCAUUUUAUAUGAGUAACUAAGUCAACAGCUAUGAAUCAUAAAUCACUUUUGGUGGUUACGAUGUUACAAAACUUGAUGGUCCAAUUCAUUAUCAUCCAGUUAUUGAUAAAUAUUAUUGGAUGAUAAAGGCAGAAAAUAUAUUGGUUAAUGGCAAGGAUGAAGGAUUCUGUCCAAAAGGUUGUAAAAUAGUUGCUGAUACAGGUACUUCAUUAAUUACAGGUCCCUUUGAAGAUUUGAUGAAAUUGUUAGGUAUUUCAAUUAAUUUAAUUAUAAGAUUUAACUAACAUAAAUGAUGAUUGUUCAAAUUUAAAUCAAUUACCAAAAUUAACCUUUAGGAUUGAUGGAGUCGAUUAUGAUUUAGACUCUAAAGACUAUAUCAUGGAAUUGAAAGAUGAUGGUACAGAAGUACCCUUAAACAACGAUGUUUCUGCUUCAGCAUUUAUUUAAGGAACUUCCAAACAAUGUAUUGGAGCAUUUAUGCCUUUGGAUAUUCCAGAUCCUCAAGGUCCUGCUUGGAUUUUGGGAGAUAUUUUCUUAACUAAAUAUUUAAGUGUUUAUGAUAGGGACACAAAUAUGGUUGGAUUUGGAAAGGCAAAACAUUGA